AUGACGGCCAAGAACCGGAUGCUUGCUGCAGGGUCCAUGAUUGACUCGCGCAAGGCAUGCCUUCGCUGCAUGCAGCAUGGCCCGGCACAUUGGUGCGUUGUACGCGAGGCUUUGGAGAGUGACAUGAACGCGAGAGCCGAGCAGGACGUGAUACAGGCCCAGGCUAACCAGGCCUUAAGCGGUGUCAACGCUGAGAUGUGGUCUUCCUACAUGCAGUUCUGCCAGGAAGAGAAGGCUCUGCAGCGAGUUGACUCCGGUCUGGUCAAACCGGCCCUGUUGGAGGCUUUGGAGGCGAAGAAGCGCGCCUUGGCCCUCCAGGCAGCCCUGUCCUACGUCCUGCGGCGAGAGCAAGAGCUGGAGGCCAGUAGGGGCUCGGAUUUGAAAGAGAAGCAUCUGCCCACAGUGGAGGAAGAAAGGGAAUACACUGAAUUCAUGCGCUGCAAGAGUGACCUUGGUCACAAGUUCCUGGGCCCAGCCAUGUGGCAGGCCUUUUGGCCAGACGAGGCAGCUGCGACGCCACAGCCUGAAACGGCCGCGUCAUGCGCUGACCUGCAGGUGCUCUUCACAAAGCUUCGCGCGGAGCUCGUCUGUGACUUGCGGCAAGAGCUGCAGGUGCUUCAAGGCUCGUUGAAACAGCAACUCCUGGAGCGCAACCAGGCGUUCUGCGAGGAGCUAACGACUCGACUGGCAAAGGUGCAAUAUGUGCCUCAGGAAGGCGUGCCAGACCCAGAGGAGGAUCUCGUUUGCACACCGCCUUCACGGAGCAGCGCGCAGGAGUGUGCACAAACGCCUCAAAAGCUGGCCCACGCCGCAAAUUGCACCAGCGCGGCAGAAAAUUCAGCACGAAGUGCCCAUGGGAACCCACUUGAGGUGUCCGCAGCAGGGAGUUUAGUGGAGAGGCAGAGCCGACGAAAACGCCAGGUGCUUCACAUGUAUCGGAUGGAUAUGGAUGAUGAGGCAACUUCUCCGGCAUCUCCCACAGUCAACGAGGAGCUGAAUGCUGGCAACACUGCUUCAUUGCCGAUGUCGCUUGAAGACCAAUUCGAAUCAAGCUGGGAAAGGGCCCAAAGCUCUGCUGUUGAUGAGGGUCUGGAGACCUGUGCACCUUCAUGGAUAUGGGGCACCAUUUCAGCGGCCCUUCCAAGCCACAAGCUGUUGUGGGGAUUCUUCAUUGCCCAGAACAAGCGCCAAGCCUAA